UUGGCAGUGCUGAUCUGUUUCUCACUUUGUUUGGCUCUAAGAGAUUCUGCCUUAAGGAGAAACAAGCUUGUAAGGAGUUCUGAUAAGGGUCAGUUCCACGCUGGACCACACAAACUAUCUACAGGAGAUCCGGAGAGCAUGGGGAAAUCAAACAGCAAGCUCAAACCAGAGGUGGUGGAGGAACUAACCAGGAAGACCUACUUUACAGAGAAAGAAGUUCAGCAAUGGUACAAGGGCUUCAUAAAAGAUUGCCCGAGUGGUCAGCUUGAUGCUGCAGGUUUCCAGAAGAUCUACAAACAGUUCUUCCCCUUCGGUGACCCCACCAAGUUUGCCUCAUUUGUCUUCAAUGUUUUUGACGAGAACAAGGAUGGACGGAUUGAGUUCUCAGAGUUUAUUCAGGCCCUGUCUGUGACCUCACGUGGGACCUUGGAUGAAAAGCUCCGCUGGGCCUUCAAGCUUUAUGAUCUUGAUAACGAUGGCUAUAUCACACGUGAUGAAAUGCUCAAUAUCGUAGAUGCCAUCUAUCAGAUGGUGGGAAACACAGUGGACCUUCCAGAAGAAGAAAACACGCCGGAGAAGAGAGUGGAUCGUAUUUUUGCCAUGAUGGAUAAGAAUGCUGAUGGGAAGCUGACCCUGCAGGAGUUCCAGGAGGGAUCAAAGGCAGAUCCCUCUAUUGUACAAGCUCUCUCACUCUACGAUGGCCUUGUAUAGUAGCAGUAUUUUGUCUUAAAGAUACAGGUACGGCAAAGGAUCCAGUGCGGUGCCAUCCCACAAUGCAAUUCAAGGAGAUGAGUCUUCGUCGUUUGACCUCUCAUUCUGGACACU